AUGAAUGCGCGCACGAAGAGAGUUGAACUAAACCCGGUGGCCGGAUUUGUUGUAAAAACUAUAUGCCAGACGCCAGGCGUCUACACCCCUCGAGGACUUCCACCUGAUUCCGAUACCAAAAAACAGGCUCAGGAUGCCUCAAACAAGGGGAUUCUAGAUAUACCUGAGCCCGUGCUCAAAUCCAUCCCCGUUCCCGCUGGUUUGAAGAUCUUCGUUAACAUCGCGUAUGACGAUGCAGUGCCUCCACCGCCCAAGGCAUCCGAGAGCGACAUCCGGAAAGCGAUGGCCGGGGAUGACGGUGCAUACUAUGUUCCGGUCAUAGUCAGUGAUGGCCGGGAAGUCCUGGACAAGGGGGGGAACGCUUCGUUAGUUUUUGACACAAUCUUUAAUACGUCCAUUCGUGAACGUGUAUCGAAGGAUCUCGACUACAGGACGUUCAUAACAGAAAUUGCACUAGAACGGGUUGAAGAUAAGAGUGGUUUGACGCUUGGAAGAGACACUGCUAAGCCAGUCGCCGCCUCGUCCUCAAAACUUCUCAUCGAAGAACUCGCACCGUCAGACUCCAAGUCCCCUUCCUCCUCAAAGCCCGCACCAACCUCCAUCCUCAAGUCAUCGAAAGGACCGCACAGUCCACGGUUGCAGACGAUACCAGUGCCAAGCCUCUUCCUGUCUGGGAAAUAUCAAUCGAAAAUGCCACUCCAGACUUACGUAGAGCAAUUAUUACCAUUGCGGUCCCUCACCUGGGAACACCACUCGGAGUGCACGGUUGAUCUUGAACCCAAUCGGCUUAUCUUUACGUGCCAGAGCCUCUAUGCUCACCUAGACGUACCUAUUCUGACUUCCUUCAAAGCUGCAGCGACGAACACAAAAGUUGGUCUUAAUGUAGAUGAAGCCAAAGCUCAGUGGAUCGUUGGGGAGGGGAAGUUGGUCAUCACAGCGCCGAUCACUACGUCUUGA